AUGGCUUGCGAUCUGGCUACUCUCCCAGAGAUGAGAGUUCCUUCUUCGAUGACUCUUGAUGAGAUCGACCAGUUCCUUGCGCCUAGCCACUUCUCUGUGGGCUUGGAUGACGACGACCUCACGCUGAUGAAACACUUGACCGAUUAUAAUAAAAGGGCCGCGAACAAUUUCAGCCCUCCGGAUGUUGAAAGCGUACUGCAGACUCAGACCAUAAACCCUGCACUUCUCGAUCUCUCUCGCAAUGAGUCUUCACCAGAUGGCCUGCUGCAGAGUGGCAUGGGCAGCCCAGCAGCUCCUGAUAUCGCAGAUGUGCCCCAAAUGACCACUUCUCCAACCGGCCCUGCCUUUUUGAGUUCCUCCAACGACCCCUUCUUCGGAAGUUCAUCGCCCUCGCCUUCGUCUCCAGGGACUCCUUGCCCGACGCCCAGUCUGAUCCGGCAGGGUCGUUUGCAUACGCGAAGCCCUGAAGUACAGCAAGUUCAACAACAAGAGGCCAUGCACUACGCCAAAUCCAAGCAAAACACAGAUAGACUGCAGCCGGCUUGUAUGCCACCUCCUGCAAUCCCAGCUAGUAGUAUGAGCCAGAAUCCACAGAUGCAUCAUGUCGGACGUCUACCUACUUCGCCAUCGCCAACCAACCCUGAAAUGUGGAUCCACGCAGCCGGAGACCAAUUCCCAAUGGGCUAUCCUCCACGAGUCCCCGCGCCAGGUCUGAUUGUCGCAAGGCGCCCCGCAGCAAGGGAAUAA